CAGACACUCCUCCUGUGAGCAUUUGUGAGGCAGCUCCUGUCCCUUAUGUCUCUUUGUGGGGAACAGAACAGACUUCCCAGAGCACCACUGGAGACAAGACAGAGCUCCAGGGAGGACAACCCACAUGCAGACCUCCAUGCAACCCUGGCCUCAACUACUGGGGAUGCUAAGAUGAGCACAAGGAGGGGAGACACAGACCUACUCAAGCUGGAGUAAAACACCAAGAUGUCCAAAACAGGAGGUGGAACCUUUCAGCUGGACAAGCCAAGAGGUCAAUUUUGAUUUGAAGGCAACAUUUUCAGCAGAUCAAAAUCAACAGCGCUGGACUGGAUCGCUAAGGAAAAGUGUGUGUCUGGACUAACAUUGCAGUGGAGAAUUGAAGACGGAGGAAAUGUUACCAGGGUGUGGAGUGGUGAGUGGCCAGAACCAGUACCUGACCAGAGACGCUGUCAGGCCCCAUCCCGGUCUGGAGGUGAACAGACCGAUCCAAAUGGAAAAUGGGGUAACCCACGGGACCUGCCCUUUUUACCACAAUCAAACUUACAGCAAUGCUGGCCAGCCAGCAGUGGUCAACAAUGUUUCCAGCCCGCUGAAGCCAACACCACUGCCAGUCCCUCCCCCUGCACUAAAACUAGGGCAGGAAGGGUUUAAGAAAGUCUGCCGAACUGAGGAGGACAGCCCCUGUCCCUUUCCAGGAUUGGCCUCUGGGGUGCUGGAGAUGCGCGUGAAGGAGGGAAGUAAGAUCCGCAACUUAAUGGGAUUUGCCAUGGCACGGAUGCAGGGAGAGAAGGAUGUCAGUGGGGGAGGCGUGAGUGGUGGCGGUGGGCUCAGGCAGGUUGUCUUCACCGGGUCGGGCCGCGCGGUCACGAAGACCAUCACUUGUGCUGAGAUCAUGAAACGAAAAGUGGGCUCGCUGCACCAGCUGACCAAGCUGCGGUACAAGGUGGUGAAAGAGGUGUGGGAGAGUAGUGAAGGGGGGACAUCUGAGAUGACGGUGCACAGGACUGUGCCCUCCAUCAGCAUCCUUCUCUCCAAAGACCCGCUGGAUCCCCAGGAACCGGGCUAUCAGCCUCCAGAGACUCUCACUGCAUUGUGGGACGAGAGAGAGGGGAUCGAAUCUGCCUCGCAAACAGCACACAAGAGACCUCUUGGACCUUUGCCAUACAGCGGUUUCCCUCACUGUAAGAGAGUGUGUUUGGGGGAAGGAGUGUCGGUCCACCCUCCUUACUGACUGACUGACUGACUGGCUGAACCGGUGUCAAACAGUGGAGAGGAUUGAAUCAGGAGAGUUCAUUUGGCGCUGCCCUCCACUCAAGCACAAUGCUGAGACAAUCAGAACACUCACUCAGACAGAACAGUGCUUUCUCAGAAGAACUGAGUACCAAUUCCAGCCUCCAGAGGUCAGUUUGACUGGGACCUGAAAGCUUGCCUCUGUAAAAAAAAAAAGAGCAUUUAAGGGAUGUGUUUCUGGGCACGUCCAACAUGGUCUCUCAAAUCCACAUAAUUGUGAUGUUUGCUGUAAAAUCUUUAACCGAUUCACAUCCCAUUUCACACUGACAAAAGAAAAAGCCAUGAAUUGCACAGGUUCCAGAUUCCUGCUUGCAGUAAACUAUCUACAGCCUGUGGAUAAAAUUAUUUAUUAGCAACAUGUUGCAAUCAUUUAUAUUCCUUCAUACUCUUUAAGUGUAGCCUCAAAAAAUGCACAAGGUAGACCCAAGAGUAUAAAAUAAAGAGUUUAAAGCCAUUGAUGUAUGACAAAUGCAAAGCAUACCAAUUUUAUUUGUCUGAUUAUUAACUCUCAU